AGAACCAUCAUGUCAGGAGUGGAAGAAGGCAAUGUGUACACCGUGUCCUUCCUCCCUCAGGCUGGCACUCAACGCCUCGCCAAGUUCGACUUUGAGCUCUAUAUAAUCGCGUGGGCUGACGUGAAACUCUCCCCGCUGAACACCGGCUACGGUGCCUUCGUAGCCAAUGUGGAACUGGCAGCGGACAUCAUCUGGAACGGCACUCUGAGACUGACGUGGGUUCCGGCAAAUGUAGUCGGUGUGUACCUUGACAAGAAUACAGCAGCUUCCACCGGUGGUGACGAAAUUGACGCGGCGCAGUACGAGGAGGCGGCGUCGGCUGGAGGUACCGCAGGGUGGUCGUUUGGGGUCGCUGCACCAGCUCCUAGAAAGGACGUGAACUCCACGCCGGAGGACGCUGCAUGGGAUGCAGAUAACACCACAGAAGGCAGUGGGACAACGGAAAGCGUCGGCAUUACAUCUGAAGACGACAUCGUGGAGGAGGAGGAGAGAGGAAUCACUAUCAUGGGAAGUGCGCAGGAAUCCCCAGCCUCGGGGGUCAGAGUCGAGGGCACAGCCUUCAUGUACACAGUGGUGGUGACUGCGGAGGGCGUUGAGGACUGGAGUGAGAAUGUUACGGAGGGCAGCAGUAUGAUGGUACGCAGACCUGUUGGCGACGAGGAGCAGGGUGAGGUUUUGAUGGGUGUGGAGAUGCCGCAGCUAACUUUUCUCACCGAGUACCAGGUCAACCUUACCUGCCACUUCGGCCCCGUCACCGUCCAGUGUGGCACCACCAAAACAUACACAGCUCUACCGCUGCUGCUGACGAAGAUGGAUGGGAUGACUGUGGUGUACACAGUGUUAGAGGGUCGUGCUGGGUGGCAGCAGCAGGAGGCACGAUGUCAUCGAGGUGAGGGCACCCUCGUCUCUCUCCCAACGCACUAUGAGGCAGACCUCCUUCGUGACGCCCUCCUCAAGACCUCCUCAGUACCACUCCUUGACACCUACUGGCUGGGGCUCAACAUGUGUCCAGAUUAUACAGGCAGCGUGUGGAGCGACGGGUCCAUCUGGCACGAGUCACUCUUGUCGUCGACCAACGCACAGCUCUCCAGCACCACCUGCUGUGUCAAGGCCAACUGGGACAAGUACCAGUACAUCUGGACCGGGGAGGUGUGUGGGGCCCUCCUCCCAGCUGUCUGCGAGUUUCAUCCACAUGGUAUGGUGGAGGUGGUAAAGGAUCUGAAGAGGGGUCCAGCUAACGUGACCUCUGCCAGCGUCUCGUGGACCUAUAUGGGUAUAUUCUGGACGCCAGACAUUCUCCUCGUCUCCUACUGCCCCUUCAGGAACCUCAAGAACAUUCUUACUGACGCUGGCAAUAUCUCGAAAUCGUGCCACACCAGUCAGCUGGAGGCGGCAGCAGUAGACCUCCUGCAGACGGGAUUACUGCCUUACACUGAGUACUACGUCAAUGUUACUGCAACCAUCCAGCAAAUUGGUUUUACCGGAGCAGCAGUCAGCACCUAUGUUAGAACCUACCCUCAACAGCCUGUGGUGGUCUCCAUCGACACUGAUGGCUACGUCAACAUCGUUUGGGCACAAAAGGUGGCAGAAUUCGGGGAGAACGACACGGUAUGGGUUACCAUGAGCAACUCCACACACCCGGAUGUGAUCAUGUACAACGGCACCAUGAUGGCAUCAGGUACCAUACUGGGAGACAUGAAGCUGCAGCUGGGAGCCAACUAUACCGUUAUUCUGAAGGAAAUGUACGGCAAGAAGCGCAAAGAGACAGUCACCCUGCUGGCAUACCCAGCGUGUGACUGUGAGGGUUGUCAGGUGGACGGUUGGUGCUUCGUGACGCUGCAGGACCCCGUCAACGAAGACACAGCCAUCGAAAAGUGUAAAGGCAGUGACACCAGCUUGGCCACUGUCGGUAACGUCAGGGAGGUGGACCUGCUGCUGGACAUGGCCCUCGCGCUGGAUGACGACCUGUGGGUCUCUCACACUUCCAGAAGACUCCAGGCUUCCAAUACAGAGGAUGGGAUGCAGGGCUUGGAUAACACAACCCAAGCAUCAACUGGGAAGGUUAAUGUACAGCCCAUAGAGUGUCUGGUGGUGUCUAGAGCGCAGCGGGCCGUGGUGGUAGAGCAGUGUACCAAUACUCACAGUGUGGCCUGCAGCCACAAGAUUUCAGUGGGCAAAGCGUUCUCUAGCCUGACGACUAGCUCAGGGCCUGACUGGAUCACGAUGGCCUGGGACCAAGACUCCUUCAAAUGGGAGGCCAAGUUCGCUGUGCGGUAUCAGAGAUCUAAAGAGAAGAGAUACAAGAGAGCUUUACAGUGGAUGUCCUUCAGCGCAUCUCCAGUGACGGUGUCGCAACUGCUGCCUGAGACGGCCUACACCCUGGAGCUGGAGGCCGACCUCGGGGAGAACGUGCUCUCCACCUCGCAGGAGUUCGAAGUUGUCACUACCAACUUCACCGAGAAGACCGAGGACGAAACCCAGACCUCGAAGCUGGUGGUGACGGGUCUCUCUUCCCUGACUGAGAACCAAGUGUUACACCUGGUAUGUAACGCUCUCCUCGUCGCUGCCUGCAUCACCACCAUGCUCUUCUUCUUCGCUACAGGGAUGUUCUACCAGGACUGUGUUGCUCAACUAGGCUUCCAGUCUGCCGUGAUGGCCGCUUACCUCAACCUGUUGCUCGCUCAUCCCACCCAAGCUCAACCCGAGUACCAGACCGGGUGUAUAGUUGUGGCUGUGGUGCUCCACUUCCUCUUCCUGUGUGCCUUCAUGUUUCUCAUGCUCGAGGCGCUCACUAUCGCUCACCUUCUCGUCAUCCACAUCAGAAGUCCUUUCCAGAAAUCGAAUUGGUUGAUGAUGGCCUUCGGGUUGGUGGUGCCUAUGGUGGUGGUGGGUAUAUCAGCAGCCUUCCUCUACUCCUACUACCCAGACUACUCCGUUAACAACUGCUGGUUGAACCCCCUGGGCCCAGCUGUAUGGACGGAGGUAGUGCCCAUCGGCAUCCUGGUGAUCGCUACAGUUGUCUUUCUCAUGAACACUCUCUGCACUGCUGAGACCUCCCCGGAACUCAUAGAAGUCGACCUUCGUGGACGACAGAGUGACAGUAACAAGCUGCGGUGGGUGGUGUUGGCGCUGACGGUGGAGCUGACUACUGUGUGGGGCUUGGGGGUGGCCUACUACCAGUAUCAUGAAGAAGGAACCUACUUUGCCUUCUGUGUUGUCACCCUCAUCCUUGCUCUCACCAUCGUCCUCUGCAGGACCUGCUUCGACGACACAUUCCGCAGUAAGAUGCACCGCUUGUGCUGUGGCACUGAGCUCACCUACAAGCGCAGUGAGAUCCUCAGCAUCAGUGCCAGGUCUCGGGUCUACCCCAGCACCGGCACCUCAGCUACGGGCACCUCGUCGGUCUCCGGCAGGAUGAUAACGCCAGUAGGCAGCAAGCCACCUGGGGUAGACACACACCAAAUACCUGCUGCCAGUGGAAGCACUUCAGCAGCUGGAAGAAUUACCCCUUCAGCUGAGAGAGCUACCUCCUCGCAGGGGAGGACUACCCCUUCUGGGGAUAGAACCACCCCUUCAGGGGGCAGAGGUAAAGCCAUUCAUUCAGAAGGAAGACACACUCCUGACGUUGGUACUACGAUCUUCCCAGUUCGGAGCAUCACUCCUCCUUUGUGUCGACCUACUCCAAACACUUCUCCAAAGAGCACAACAGAGUCAUUGCAGGAAUUAUUAGGACCGCCCAAUGUCACCUCCAGGAGUGAUGUGAACCGUGGUGAGACGACACGGGCUGCUACUUCUCUCAGCAGGAAGGUCCCCAGUGUCGCCCCUGAAGAGGCUGCGAAGGAAGAGGUGCAGAAGACGUUGCCUGGCGCCAGCGAGUGAAGGAGAGAGACAUGGCUCCCAAGGACUCCUCACUCUUAGGUGCGACGGUGCGUUGCUUUUUAAUACAUCUUGACUCUAAAUGUCAGUGUUGAACACUUGCAUCUUGAACGUUCAUUGCAUCUAUAGUGACAGUUCUACCACCUCAGUUUAAAUUAAAUUUUGAACA